AUGAAUGGUCAGACGGUGCAACCUAUUAUGGGCGACCUGCCGAACGUAAGGACAAAUGCUGACUUCCCCUUCAAUUGUAGCGGAAUGGACUUCGCGGGGCCAUUUAUGAUUUCCUCUAAAAAGGGACGAGGUAACCGUGUAACCAAGGCUUACCUAUGUGUCUUUGUAUGUUUAAUAACCAAGGCCUUACAUUUAGAAGUGGUAAGUGACCUAUCCACAGAGGCUUUUAUAUUGUGUCUGCGUAGGUUUGUGUCACGUCGCGGCAAACCUUACGCUUUAUAUUGUGAUAAUGGUAAAAACUUUGUUGGUGCCAAUAAUGAGUUGGGUAGGGUUAUAAGGUCCAGCAUUCAAGCGGUCACUGACUAUGCAGCGAAUGAGGCAAUAAAAUUCUCUUUUAUUCCCGCGUACUCUCCACAUUUUGGUGGAAUAUGGGAGGCGGGCGUUAAAUCGGCCAAGUAUCAUUUAAAACGCGUAGCUGGCAAUACCCCCCUGACGUUUGAAGAGUUAGCGACGCUCUUCACCCAAAUAGAAGCUAUUCUAAACUCCCGACCACUUUCUCCACUCUCUUCAGAUCCUAAUGAUACUAAUCCUUUGACUCCCGGGCAUUUCUUAAUUGGACGUCCGUUGAUGUCAGUACCUUCAUUACCAGUUAACACAGCAAGACCUAACAGAUAUGAACUGAUUGAAAAGACAAGGCAACAAUUCUGGAAGAGGUGGAGCCGUGAAUUUAUCGCCGAGCUUCAAAAUCGCGCCAAAUGGAAAAGGAAUUCCAAGGAAAUUCAGGUCGGAGAUCCGAUUAUAAUUAAAGAGGAUCACUCGAUGCCGCUACACUGGCGUAUGGGACGAGUAGAAAGGCUGUACCUUGGAGCGGACGGCAUCUGUAGGGUAGCAGAUGUACGGACAGCCACCGGUACCGUCAAACGGGCGGUUACAAAAUUGUGCCCUCUACCGGGGGUAGAUCAAGAGGAGCAGGAGUUGAAGAUUUCAACGCCCCGGAGGAUGUGCGCGCCAUCGCGCACCUAG